AUGUCAUCGUCUUUAUCUGAACAGGAAAAGAUGGCUGUUCAGGUAUUAGUGAAAAAAGUAGAAAGAUUAGCAGCUGAAGCUGGUAUUAAGGAAAAAGAUCAUAUUAAACGCAUAAAUGAAGAACCGAUACAAUCAUUGGAAAGUUGUGAAAAUCUUAUUAAAGGACAGCAAAAAAUUGUUUUAUACAUUUCUCGUGGCUCAAAAAUUAAUAAAAAUAAAGUGGAAUUUGCAAAAAAAAAUUGGAGGAACGACUUCUACCACAUUGAAAAUAGUGAAAAAAUAAUCAAAAGAUGUGCUGGAUACGAUUAUAUUAUUGUUAACGUUCGCUAUGAUUCCAGUGCAGGUCGUCCAUUUGGAUUAAAUAUAGCAAAUGUCACCGCGCAUAAAAUUAUUAUCCUAGAAGUGGCCGAAAAUACUGUAGCGAGAGAUUAUUUGAAAAUUUACGAUCAUAUUAUAGCUCUCAAUGGCAAUUCGAUAUCUGAUGUCACUGUAGCAAAGAAAAUGAUACGUGAAUGCGGCGCAAAUUUUCAGGCAGUAAUUAAACGUCCAGUUAACUUAGUCAGUAAUGGAGAAAUCAAGCGUGAAGAAUGGAAAAAAGAAUGGCUUGCCCAACAAAUCCUGAACAAAUGCCACCAGAUGUUCAGGAAAUUGUUGGGAAACAUUUCAAACAACACGAACUCAAGCAAACCACUAGUCUCGUUUCGGUUCUUCGUAAACCAACUGGCCAACAACGUAAAAUUCAUUUCUCAGAACACCACAAUAGGACGCAGAUCCAAAGUGAUACACCCGCAACAAAACGUUUACGCCAAUGUCGGUGAAAGAAAAAAAAAAAAAAAUGAAAUGAAAGUACAAAAUAUGAUAAAUUUUCUUAUACAUCAGUACUAA